UCAACUGCGGUCCACACGCACGAACUCUCCCUCGCCUCCCGAUCUCAACCGCCAGGAGGCGACCGACCCCGGCGACGCUCGAUACGGUGAUGCGUCGCUUCGCUAGUCAAGGCACCGCCGCCGCUGCCACGAGCGGCAAUGCGGCCGGUCUUCUUCCCCGGCCGUCUAUCGUCCUGUCUCCUUCCCUCCCCCUCUCAUGCGCUCCUUUCUUCAUCCAGUGCGGCUCGGUGGCUGGGCUCCCGUCAGCGAGGUCGUCGGCGCAGAAGGUGCUAAGAGAGAGGCAGGAGGCGCAGAGAGAUCUGAGCAUGGGAGUCCUCGGAAUGAAUCACGCCAAAACCCAAAGCGCGCAACAGAAACACACACCACAACGGAAGCCGACGCCGCGAGACAGAGGUAGACGCAAAUCCGUCUCGCCGAUCGCUCGGAUCGAUCUCGCUUCCCGUCCCGUCGACGCGCCAGGAGCAGAGAGGGGAGGACGGCGGGGGAGAGGAGCUGCCCGGAUCCGUGGCCUGAGUUGAUCGGGGCCUGAUCCGCAGUUGUGCGGCAAUGACGGCCGAGGGGACGGCGCGCAGCGGCGCCGGCGAGGCGCCCACGGCGGAAUUGGCGGUAACCAAGGUGGUCUCCCCGACGAGGGAGGAGCGCGAGGGGGUGGGUGGCCCCUUCGUGAUCGUCAACGGCGACUCCGACGGCCACUCCGACCCCGGCUCGGACGUGGGCGCCGUGGCCGAGGCGGAUUCCCGCUCGGAGGAGGAGGAUCUGCCCCGGGCCAAUGCAGCCGCUGCUGCUGACGGGGGCGGAGAUCACCCCACCGACGGUGGGGGAAUUGGCCGCUCUGGAAGGCAUCCUAGGCCUUCCGUCUUCCAAUGAGCAUGCUAGCCCCGCUGUGGUGGAGAAGUCAGAGGAUGAUGGCAUGGUCGAAGUCGAAGGGGAGGAAAGCCACAAUUCUGAAGCUGGACUGGGGGAGCAGGGGACUGCUGUCGCUGGAGAGCUUGAUGGUCAAGAUGCCCCAACAGAACUUAGGAUCGACCAUGCUGAGGCUGAAGAUGAUUAUGCUCCACCUGCGGUGGAAUCUGUGCUUAAUGCCAAGGAUGGAGAAAGUGAAGAAAGUGUUGCCACUGAGGUUGUUGCUCCUAAAGAACAACAGGAUGGAGAGAAUGCUCCAGCAGACUCCAGUGGUUCAG